AUCCUGAACCAGGAAGUGCCGGAGUUAACAUGGCUUCGAAACGACAGGUCGAGAGUUUGACCGAGGAGGUAAUUUGUCCCAUCUGCCUGGAUUUCUUCACCGAUCCAGUUAUACUGGAGUGUGGGCACAACUUCUGUCGCUCCUGUAUCACACGGUGUUGGGAAAAGGCGGAGAGAAACUCCUGCCCGGAAUGUAGAGAGGAGUUUGCAGACCGCACCCUCAGGGUCAGUCGGGCCUUAGCAAAUCUGUCUGAGAAAGCUCGAAAACUAAACCUGAAUCCGAAAGGGAAGGAAAGUAAACUUCACUGCGAGGAACAUGAGGAAGAAUUGAAGCUGUUUUGUGAGACGGACAAGAAACUGGUCUGUCUGGUCUGUAGAGACGCGCGGGAACACAGAGAGCACCGCUUCCUGCCGAUUAAAGAAGCUGUUGAAGUCUAUAAGGACCGGGUGAAAUCUGCCUUAGACUCUCUCACAGAAAAGAAAUCCGAGCUCAAGGAAAUGGAACGGCAACAGAAAGAGAAGAUUUCCGGAGUUCGGGAACAGUCAAACGGCGUUCAGUCCCACAUCACAUCCCAGUUCGCUGAACUGCGCCAGAUUAUCACUGAGAAAGAGCAGCGCUUACUCCGAGAUCUCAGGGAAGAAGAGGCGAGGAUUCUAAAUCCAAUGGAGAUAAAUCUUCGACAGAUUCAAGAGAAUUUAAAUUCUAUCCAGGAGGAAAUCUCCAAGUUACAGGAACAGUUGGACCAACAAGAAAAUAUCACAUUCCUCAUGGAGGAAGCUCGUCGGAAGAGGAGGAUUAGUGAUGAUAAACAUCUGUUGUCAGUGACACAGGGCGCUCUACCUGUCGAAAAAUUCGAUCAGCCCUUUUUGUUGAACACAACGUUGAGAGAAAUGUCUGAUACAAUUAAGCGAGUCUCUGUCACCCUGGAUGUGGAAACGGCGCAUCCGCUGCUCGAGGUGUCUGAGGAUCGGAAGAGUGUGAGACGGACCGGGACCCGGAGGAGUCUCCCUGACACCGGGAAGAGGUUCACUGUCUCGCGUUGUGUGCUGGGAUCGGAGGGAUUCACAUCGGGGAGACAUUACUGGGAGGUGGAGGUGACGGGGAAUCGGCGCUGGGGUCUGGGAGUCGCCGCAGAGUCUGUGGAGAGGAAGGGAUCGGUCAGACCGAGUCCGGAGACCGGAUUCUGGGUCAUCGGGCGGGUUGGUGAUGUGUUACAUCGGGAUUGUGACGUCAUCGAUGGUCGCCCCUCCCCUGAGUCCCGUCUCCCUGCCGGUCCCAUCCCCGGGAGGGUGGGAGUUUAUCUCAGUUACCAGUCCGGGACAGUUUCAUUUUACAACGCGGAGACCAAGUCCCAUCUCCACACCUUCACUGGGAAUAAAUUCACGGGGAAACUUUAUCCUUUCUUCUGGACUUGGGAUGUAAACCAGUGGCUGAGAAUCUGCUCCGGUUCCGCUCCUGGUCUGUAAACGGGUCGGGUCGGGACCGGCGUCAGGCGUAAGUCAGUGUAAAUAUAAAUGUGCCGAGAGUGAAAUAAACACGAUGUGAGAA